AUGGCUGCUACACAACACAACUUCGAUGAAGUUACAACAAAUGAAGAAGAGAUUUCACAACAAACGAUGAAGAUUCUGCACACAAAUCUUCAUCUCAUUCCGUCUCUCGAUGUGUAUCCGAAUGAACUGCAACUAAUUGUUCAAAUUUUGAACAAUUAUGUUCUUUCUUUUGCGCUAUCUGGAACAUUUUCCAUUCUGAUUCAAUGGUUAUCUCUUGUUGCUUCAAUGGUUGUGUUCAAUAAGUCAACCAAAGUUGUUACUUUCCAGCUAUUGUCUUUUAAAACGAAGAAGCUUACAAAGAAGUAG